AUGGAGGCAACCACAAACUAUCUCUCACUUCCCGCUAUUGCGGAGUUCAUUAACGCGUACGAGGAGAAGCCAACUGCAGAGAAUGUCAAGAUCAUGGUGAGCGGUCUCCUCACUUACGCCUUCGAUUCAAAUGAUGGCUGGGUUCUCAAGUGGCAAGAGGACGAGGAUAACAACCACUCAAACUGCUUCAUAGUGAAAGCUAUUGGCGAUGAAAGAUCUCUGCAAGCCAUUGUGAAGGUUAUUCUCGACACGUCUGGUUCAAUCAAGGAAAACUGGGAUCAAUCAGUUCCCCGUUUGAUCGAUGCCCCGCUUCCAAACGAACGAUGCUGGGCUAUUGUCUUUCGGGGUCUCAAAGUCCGCCUGUACGAGUACCACCGCGACCAAGAGCCAGAUGAACGUCUGGUUCCCUGCGACUUCAAGAUCAAAGACAAGAUAAAGCAUGCUGUCCACAUUCGCAAAAAUGCUGACGCAGUCAACAACGUUCUCAUCAGUAUCCCUAACCGGGUCCCCGAGCCACUUGAGGAGGGCGAGCAUGGUAGCCCGACCCUGAUUGACUCUGCCACCGAUACGACCAAUGGGUCUAAGGUUUCCCUUGAUGUUACUCUUGAGACAGCCCCUGUCUCUGGCGCGUACCCCGAGUUGCCCUCCGCGGACCCUUCCACUGAGGCCAGCGAGGAGAAGACACCUACUGAAGCCGACCUUGUCACUGCGCACGAGGCCGCUGCCCAGAUAAAGACAGCACCUCACGUCGAUACUGCUACCUUCCAGAGCAAGAAUAUGACUGUAGCCACUGGAGCCCAGGCCAAGAUUACUCCCCAGUCCAAGGCUGCUCGUCUAGCAAAGGCUGCUACUGGUAUUAAGGGUACUACUCAGACUAAGUCUCUCACUCAGGUGAAGCCUACUGCCGGGGUCAAGAACGCCACCCAGGCCAAGACUAAUCCCCAAGCCAAGGCUGCCCUUCUAGCCAAGGGAAUUUCCGGGCUCAAGCUCACUCCCAAGAACACGCCUGCGAUGGAGAAUGAGUACUGA